ACACUUUGCAGUGUCCUUUGUUUCACCAGAGGACAACAAUGGGUUUCCUCUGAAGUGAGCAUCAGCAAGUCCUGCUUUCGUAAGGGCCUUUGGGGUUGGACACCAUGACUAGUUGCACCUCGAGUCCAGCACAGUUCUUUGGGGACAGCGGCUCGUUGCUUUCUCUUGAGUCCAGCGUCUUCUUCAGCGAGCCGCCUCCGCCGGGGGACGAUCCCCUGGACUUCUUCAUCAUCAACGUGGGCGGCAGCCGCUACGUCCUGUCCCAGGAGCUGCUGUCCUCUUACCCGGAGACCCGGCUGGGCAAGCUGGCGCUGUCCACUCGCGACUCCGCCCUGGACCUGUGCGAUGACGCCAACUUCCUGGAGAACGAGUUCUUCUUCGACAGGAACUCGCAGACCUUCCGGUACAUCAUGAACUACUACAAGACGGGGCGCCUGCACGUGAUGGAGGAGCUGUGCGCCAUGUCUUUCCUGCAGGAGAUCGAGUACUGGGGCAUCGACGAGCUCAGCAUCGACUCCUGCUGCCGAGAGAAGUAUUACCGCAGGAAGGAGAUGAAGGAGUCGCUGGACAUCUGCAAGGAUGCUGAGGUGAUCGACAGCGAGGAGGAGGACUUCUCCGGCGUGGUGUGCGAGAGUAUCAGACAGCGGCUGUGGGACGUGAUGGAAAAGCCGGACUCCUCGGUGGCGGCCAAGACCUUCGGAACGCUCUCGGUGUUCUUCGUGCUGGUGUCCAUCGUGAACAUGGCGCUGGUCUCGCUGGAGAUCAGCGCGUUGGCGCCGCCCUUCCUGGACGCGCUGGAGUACGUCUGCAUCGUGUGGUUCACGGGCGAGCUGGCGCUGCGCUUCGCCUGCGUCAGGGACAAGUGCAAGUUCAGCAGGAGCGUGGUGAACAUCAUCGACCUGCUGGCCAUCCUGCCCUUCUACGUGACGCUGGCGGUGGAGAGCCUCCACGGUGGCUCCACCGAGCUGGAGAACGUGGGCCGCGUGGUCCAGGUGCUCAGGCUGAUGAGAUCGCUCAGGAUGCUGAAGUUGGGGCGACACUCCACAGGUCUAAAGUCCCUGGGCAUGACCAUAGCGCAGUGCUACGAGGAGGUGGGGCUGCUGAUGCUCUUCCUGUCCGUGGGCAUCUCCAUCUUCGCCACGGUGGAGUACGCGGUGGAGCACGACGCGCCGGGCACCACCUUCAGCAGCGUGCCCUGCGCCUGGUGGUGGGCCACCACCUCGAUGACCACGGUGGGCUACGGAGACAUCCGGCCCGACACCACGCUGGGCAAGAUCAUCGCCUUCCUCUGCAUCCUGUCCGGCAUCCUGAUCCUGGCGCUGCCCAUCGCCAUCAUCAACGACCGCUUCUCGGCCUGCUACUUCACGCUCAAAAUGAAGGAAGCGGCGCUGCGCCAGGGGGAGGCGCUCAGGAGGCUCACGCGCAGCUCCGUGUCGGAGGGCUCGCUGGGCGUGAACCUGCGCGACGCCUAUGCCCGCAGCGUCCUGGAGAUGCUGCGGCUGCAGGGCCGAGAGCGGGCGAGCACACGCAGCAGCGGCGGGGACGAGCUGUGGUGGUAG